AAGAGAAGGCGGCCGGCCGAUUAAGACAAUUAACACAAUUCACUGGGUUCCUACUGAGGUUCAGGGACAGAGGGGCGGGACGUUGUGAAGCCCUGGGGGGUGACCGACAGGCGCAGGUGUCGCCACGGGCGGAAUUUUACGGUCCGGAGCAGCAGCAGCUGCGCCCCUCGCGCCGCCUGGCCGAGCGUCCGGGAGAGCCACCACCGCUUCCGCAGCUUUAGGUCAAUCUCUGAAAGACCUGGAGGGAGGGAGUCGCCUCCCUCCGGACAGGAAAAACCUGCUGCGUCUGCGUUUCUCCUGAUCCCGCAGGAUCUCUGCCUCCAGCCCCGCGUCCCCUGAGCGCCAGAUCCACGCUCCGGGUUUUGGCGACAGCUUGCGAGGGGAGCGAGCAGCUCGUUGACAGCGAGCGACCCUCCCCUUCUCUCCCGGGAGCUACUGCGGCUUGGGGGUCCUGGGGGAGCUGCGGCCGCGCUGCGGCGACGCGAUCAGGUGGCCCCUCUUCACCGCAGAUCCCCUCCCUCUGCGGCGAAGCUUCGCACUGCUAGAUGGGCUAGGUAGGACAGGGAGAGGCGGGGACACGAGGGUGAGCACGUGGGGACACGAGGGUCCCGGGUGCGGGCGGAGUCCUAUUGUCCUCCCGCACCGCACGGGCAGCGUCGCUCCGGGGCCACCUCUUUGAAGGGAGUACCCCGCCACUUUUCUUUGUGCCCGAGAGAGCCCUAGGCGGCUUUGCCUCUGGAGAGAAGCCACAUCCCGGGAGAAGUGGGACUGCGAGGUGACAGUGGGCUCCCAUUGUCCUCCAAGAGCCCGCGGCCGCGCCUCCUGUCGCGCGGGACCGGGGACAGGUACAGCGGAGGGAGGGUACCCCGCUGCCAGCACCCUUCUCCCCGCCCUGCCCUCACCGGCCCCGCCCCGCUCCGGGCCCCGCCCCGCCCCCCGCGCCCCGCCCCGCCCUCGGCAGGUUGAGACCGCGCGUCUGGCCGCCGCGCGCUCAGUGUCGCGGGCACUUCCAACGGCCGCUGGCAGCACAGCAGCGGGCCGCACACCGACAACCCCGUUCCGGGGCCGCUGCCUCCCGGGAGACUCCGCGCACAGUCCCCGGAGCAGAUCGUGCAGUGAACCGUCGCCCCUGCCCCCCUCGGGAUCUGCUCGCACCGACCAGGACUGCCUGCGCCCUCGGGAGGCGACCCUGGCCGACGCCCGGCCCCCGGGCAGAAGUGAGCCUCGGCGACUGCCGGCUUCUCUGUGCUGUGGAAGGAACUGGAUGAUGUAACCAGCUCUGCAGGAAGACACACAUGGUUUUACACUGAGCAAGAGCUCUCAGACCCUGUGUUAGUUCAGAGUCACUUGAGGAAAAAAUAAUGUGACGGUUGUUAUCAGAAAAGCUUUUCUGAAGUGUGGGAUACCCGUGAAGAUCGCCUCUCCCCACCUGCGAAGUGGACUUUCUUAGACUCCAGAAUGCCAGCCAAGACCCCAAUUUACCUGAAAGCGGCGAACAACAAGAAGGGAAAGAAAUUUAAACUGAGGGACAUCCUGUCCCCUGAUAUGAUCAGUCCUCCCUUGGGGGACUUCCGUCACACCAUCCACAUCGGCAAAGAGGGCCAGCAUGAUGUUUUUGGAGAUAUUUCCUUCCUUCAAGGGAACUAUGAGCUCUUGCCUGGAAACCAAGAAAAAGCACACUCCGGCCAGUUCCCUGGACAUAAUGACUUCUUCCGGGCUAACAGCACCUCAGACUCAAUGUUCACAGAAACGCCCUCCCCGGUGCUCAAAAAUGCCAUCUCUCUCCCGACCAUCGGAGGAUCCCAGGCUCUCAUGCUGCCCUUAUUGUCACCAGUGACAUUUAACUCCAAGCAGGAGUCCUUUGGGCGUCCUAAGUUGCCAAGGCUCAGCUGUGAGCCUGUCAUGGAAGAGAAAGUUGAGGAGAAAAGUAGUCUAUUGGACAACGGGACAGUCCACCAGGGAGACACCUCGUGGGGCUCCAGCGGAUCUGCAUCUCAGUCCAGCCAGGGCAGGGACAGCCACUCCUCCAGCCUGUCUGAACAGUACUCCGACUGGCCCGCGGAGGACAUGUUUGAGCAUCCUGCCUCCUGCGAGCUCAUGAAGUCGAAGACUAAAUCAGAGGACUCCCUCUCUGACCUGACAGGCUCCCUGCUCUCGCUGCAGCUGGAUCUGGGGCCCUCACUUUUGGAUGAGGUCCUGAAUGUCAUGGAUAAAAAUAAGUAACCUGGAGUCAGCUCUUUUCCUUUGGAGUAAGAGGUACCAAAAUAAGCAAAAAACAAAAAACUCAGCUAACCACAACUGAUGGAAAGAGCUGCCUGGCUGGGUUUUUGCAGCCGCGUGAUGCAUUUGCUAAAAUAACGUUCCUGUUCCUACGAAAUAUUUUUUUAACCGCCUUGCCCUGUUUGCAAAAACAAUUUUCAAAACAAUAAUUUUUAAAAUUAAAAAAAAAAAAAAAAACCUGUCCUGGCAAAAAGAGAGAGGAAGUGAGUCAGAGCUCACUUUGAGCAGGCAUUACUGAUGCUCGGCUCAAUUUUGUUUGCAGGCACGCGGAAACCCGGGCUGUUUGAAAGGGCUGGGUCAUGACUCUCUCCAAGGCGCUCUACAGCAUGUUGUGAGAAGGAAAUCAAAACUCGCUUCACACCUAAGCCUUCUUUUUUCCUAGACUCUUUUGUAUAUUGUAUCCUUUGGGCUCACCAUAGCGAAUUCUGCAGUGUUAAGAUUUUACUGUUUUCAUAUUCAAACAACCUUAAGGGGCCGGGGUUUUUUUCUUGUGGUUCUUAUAUACCCCUGUAUAUUAUUUCCAUGUUCCAGAAGUUUGACUGUCAGCUACAUGUUGGUAAAAACAAGCAAGGUGUUACUGUAACUAAGUUAUUUUUAAAGUUGAAAUAUAUUUUUAUGUGCCUUUGGCUUUUUA